AUAUAUGCCACUGUCUGUGACAUGGAUGGUGUAAAUAGACGAGCACUGUCAAUCUUGGGUGCAACUGUGGAGCGCCCAUACAUAACAGUGCAUAACAAAGAGAUAGUGACAUUAUUUGACACACCACAUCUUGUCAAAUGCUUUAGAAAUCUUUUUUUUAAAUAUAACAUUGAGUGCACUACUAACAUUUCAUCUGAAGACAAGAAAGGAAAAGCCAAAUGGUCACACAUAAAAGAUUUCUUUGAAAUCGACAACAAAAACCCAAAUUUUGUGUUCGCUCCUGCUUUGACAAAGGAUCACCUAAACCCAAAUGCAAUACAAAAAAUGCGCGUUUUGCACAAGGCCAUUCAUAGGCCAUUUCAUUUGUAAGAAAACUCAAAUGAAUGAGUUUUCCCAUAGUAUUCCCAUUUGCAUCCGAAAUUAAUAAAUUUCUGGGGAACCUGGACCUGCCGGCAAUUCAAAUUUUUGCCGCCAGAUAUUCAAAUAUUGCCGCCACAUGUAGUUUUGGGUGGGUUGAUAAUAGGUGGCGAUACAUUCGCGUAUCUUAGAAUCUGUUCCUAGUCGUCGUUCUUCCUUAAGGUAAUUGUGUUCU